UGGAGUUUCUCUAAUCUACAUGGUAGAAGUCGAAUUCAACUAAUCAACUUCAACAGGGUUUUGCUUGAAUCUUCGAGCAAAACUCAAAAACAUGAUGAACCUUCAGCAUUACGUCAAUCACAGUCUGUCUCUAUCCAUGAGUGCGACUUCUGGUUUCAUUGUCAAAGAGGAACCCAUAUGGUCCUCAAAUUUGCAGCCACGUGAAUUCAUGUGCCAUUGUCAAAAUUCUAAUGCCAGAUUCAUUGUUUCACCCUCACUUUCUUCGCGAGCAAAUCAAACCCAGAUCAAAUUUACAGUCCUUGUUACUAAUGGAUCAUCACCCCCUUCACAACACCCACGUAAAGCUCUUAGCUUUCGACUUGCUCACUCUCACCCAAACCUCCUCCUCCUCCUCCGACCCAACCUCCUUCUCCCGCAACGGCCUCCUCCUCUCACGCGCCGAGGCCGUCGGCACCGUCACCUCACGCGACCUCAAACCCAACAAGUUCCUCCGCUUCACCAUCGACGACGGCACCGGCUGCGUCAGCUGCAUUCUCUGGCUCAACCACCUCACCUCCCCUUACUUCUCCCGACGAAGCCCACCAGAUGUUCGACUCAUUGCCUCAAUGGCCGCCCGUUUCGCAGCCGACGUCAGCCUCGGAGCGGUUGCCAGAGUGCGCGGGAAAGUCUCGAGCUUCAGGGGUGAAAUGCAGAUCACUGUGACCGAUGUUGUGAUGGAGAGGGACCCGAAUGCGGAGAUGUUGCAUUGGAUUGAGUGCAUGAGGUUGGCGCGGAAGGUUUACAAUGUGGUUGCUGCUGCUCCCUGCAAAUAGUUUAGUUUGUUGAACAUUUUGAUUUGUGUGAAGAGUGAAACAUGUGGUUAUGGAUUUGCAUUGGCUUGAGUAUCAAGUUUCUUAUACUAGUUUGCCAAGAAAGCUAAUUGCUUUGUAAUUUUGUUUAACCCUCUGCUUUUGAUGGAUGCCAACAAGGGUUUGUAGUUUCAUUUUACUGCGGAAUUAUUAGGUUUGUGUCAAUUGCCUCUUUGGAUUUUCUUGGUUGAUUUCGGAUACGAAACAUAUGAAAAUUACCCAUCUUGCAGGCAAAUAUUUCAGGAACAUUAUGAAGGUUGUUGAUAAUGCUUGUUCUUUUGUGGCCGGUGGUGCCCUUAUUAUUUUUCCGAACUCAUUAUGAAAUUCAGGUUCCAAUUCAAUUUGACUUUUGUUGAAGAUGGGCAAAGUUGGAUUGCAUUCUAGGCUGGAUGUUGAAGUUUCAAUUCUACAGGAGGUAGAAACCUAACUGUUUGAUAUCCUUUGUGCUGCAACCCUUCACUUAUGUGAUCAAGCCUCAGACAUUUGAUGUGAGCAUUUAGGUUGAUGUUGAUACUUCAUUGGACUCUCUAUGAAUGCUACGAUUGCCUGUGGGUGAUUAAUUGAUUAUUAAAGGAGUUACUCUAUUGAAAUGGACACGAAACCUAACAUAUUUGAUUUCUGGUACAUGGUUGGUUCUAGUCAUUGAGGACCAGGACAUCAGUACAAUGCUCUAGUCCUUGACAUUAAUAAGUUGGGGCUUUUCUUUAGCUCUAUAACUCUGGUGUGUCACUUCCCAUCAAUAGAGGUUGCUAAUGUGGUAGAUGUUGGGUCUUUUAAUCGAAUGCCAGUGGAGUUGCUAUAGUGAUAGCAAGAACCUAACACUUCCGGCAUUAACAUGGAGCUUUGAGGAUUUAUGUAUUGGGAUUAUGUUCAUUUCCUCAAGAGGGAGGUUUGUGCAUUUAAGAAAA